AAUAGUGUCAUGGCGGACACGGUCAAGAUGCGACGAUGUCGGCAAAAUGAGUGAUUUUUUCAAUAAAAUAAUAAAAUUUGCAAUGAACGUCGGUUGUAUUCAAUACUAUAUUUAUAGAUGAGUAUGUUAUCUUUUUUUAAAUCUUAUAAAAUGUAGAUCUUAUAUGCAAUAGCGUCUAACUAAUCAACUCGUGAACGUGGGUGUUUAAAGAGUGAAACUAAUUGUUUGCAGUAUAAUGUUAAAACCGUCACGACUCGAUAGUUUAGAUACUUUACUCAAUAUUGUUUUAAUCACAAAAAAAGAACUAUAUCUAAACGAUGCUGCUAGCGCAGGUGUUUUAAAGAGAACAUUGUUUUCAAGGCCUGUCAAAACAACUUUAUAUGUACUGACAUUGAUUAAUGAAUAUCCCACUCAGACAUCAUCGAAACAUAAAUUGUUUACCUCAUCACGAAGAACAAAUCUAGUCAAUUUCCUGUUAAAGAACAUUUUCCUACAUAGAAAAUAAUUAUGGCGCAAGCUGGCGGGAAGCAGGCAGCAAAAGUCGGAUUUCUGAAAAAGCUCAGGAAUAAAAAGGUGACACUUGACCUCUUGCCGCAUAAUCUUUUAUCAAAAAAAUAUUUUAUAUUGCGAUCGGAUACACUAAGUUUGGAAUACCAUGACAACAGCAAACGAGCAUUCGAAAGUGCUCCUAAGAAAAGUAUUAAGUUACGGGAUUGCGUAGGAUUUUGUAUGAAGGAUGAACAUCAAAAAGUGAAAAAUGUACUGGAAAUUUACUGGUCGAGAGAUGUGCUCAAAAUUGCUUUUGAUUCUCUUGAAGAAAGGCAACAAUGGCAUGAUGAGAUAAAAAGCCUCCUUGCAGAUGAAAUCUUCCUUCCGACAGAAUGGACUCCAAAAUUUGCUAAAAUAUACCAAGGUCACUUGAAACCACAAGCUGAGGGCGACCACGGUAGCCCUUCUGGCCGGCUAACUUGUGGAAUUUAUCGAGUUAUAGUCCUUCCUGAACACUGCAUCGUUAAAAAGGCUUCCGACGAAGAGAAUAUUGAAUUUGAAGUGCCAUAUAAAAAUUGUGUUCGACGAGUCGGACAUAAAGACAACUAUUUCAUGAUUGAAUUAGGGAGACAAGCAGAACCUGGGCCAGGAAAGUUUUGGUUAUGUUUGGAAGAUAAGAAUGAUGCAAAAUCUUUACAUUCUUCAUUUAAUUUACAUUUAACUUCCUCAUCGAAAUCAGAAACCCCAAGUCAUAAAAAUUCCAGUAUGAAUUCAUUAACGGGGUCAACUGAGGACCCUAUUAGAGAUCGAGCUCCAUCGAAUACCUCAACAUCGUCCAAACCUAUAUUUGUACCUCAGAGACGUCCACAUAACGUAGAGGAUUCCCACGUACCAACCAAAAAAAUCAACGUCUCAACUUCUCAAUCUAACAGAUCUAAUAGACCACCCUCUGCUUCACCAUCACAGACUUUUUCACCCACCGACUCGUUCUCAUAUAUGAAACGGGCCCGUACGAAUAGCUUUGAAUCGGCCACUAGCCAUACAAGUGAUAGUCCCAUGGAUAACAAUUCUAGUACGUCAGUUGAUGAUUAUUUACCAAUGACGCCUUCGGAGAGCAGUGGUAUCACCUUUUCGCCUUCAAAUAGUCGUCAGGAUCCACCUCAAUGUACUGGAUAUAUGGAAAUGAAACCAGGUGAUGAUGGAGACCACGGGAGUAACGAUUAUAUUGAAAUGACACCACCACCUGGUAAAAAAGGGAGUUUAUCAAAUACGCCAGCUCCCUACUUGGAUAUGACGCCAAUAUCUAAUGCCUUACCACCUGUUGAUGAGAAAACAUUUUUUGAGGGUUAUGUAGAAAUGAAGAGUAGCAAAGAUCCGUCUGCUAUGAAGUCUAGGACUAAUGUCCAGAUGGACCGUGUCGUAUCUUAUCUGAAAGAAGAUACGUCUUUACCGAAAAGAGCAAAUAGUGUAGGAUCAAGACCGAAGAAUAGUCAAUCAGGGGAUGAAGACGAUAAGUGUAAUUCAGCACCUCACCUCUGGAACGAACAAGGAAAUAGACAAAGGUCCGGGACGGUUUCUAUUGUUAAUCAUCGACAAAGGACUUCUACAAUAAGUGAAGAUAUGAGAAUGAGAACAGGAAGUUUUGGCAGCUUUGCUGUUGAGCGACCCAGAUCACAUUCUCACGGUGGUGGCUCAACCGUUCGUGAUCUGAGAAUCCAGUCCAAAGAGUUGGCGCUGAAAACAGUAAGAGCAAAGACUCUUAACUCCCAAUCGAAAACGAAGCCUCCAAGUGGGGGUAGCAUUGGUCGUUCACAAAGAAUUAACACAUCACAAAAUGAUGUACAUGAAAUUAGUCGUUCCCCCGAUUUACGACGCCUAGAAAAUGAACCAAAUUCCAUUCAUAAUAGGUCAAACUAUCUGUCUAUGUCGCCUGGGUCCAACACAAGUAAGGACGACGGAUAUGCUGAUAUGGACUAUACACCUUCGAAAGGGAACACUUCAUCAAGUGCUGGAACCGAUGAAUAUUUUGAAAUGGCAAUUGAGCCUGCAGCCAUUGUUCAAGCUACUACCGUCGAUUCACAUCAACAUGAAUAUACUGAAAUUAAUUACUGCAAGAAACAGUAA